AUGACUGUUACAUACACGGGAGAAGUUGCUACUUGCCGUGGAUUUGGAACUUUUUUAAAAGUUUUAAACAGAUGGCGAGGAAGUAUUUACAAAUUAAUAUGGCUAGAUCUCCUUGUAUUUCUACUUUUAUAUUAUGUUUUAAAUCUAAUAUAUCGGCUGCUUUUGGAUGCAGAAUCGAAAAGAACGUUUGAAGGUGUAGUUAACUAUUGCAGUUUUCACGGAAAUGUUAUUCCGUUGUCGUUUGUGCUCGGUUUUUAUGUAACUGUUGUGAUGAAUCGAUGGUGGAAUCAAUACACGACUAUACCGUGGCCUGACUCAAUUGCAGUUUUCGUGUCAGCAUCCAUCCAUGGACAAGACGAAAGAGGGCGCCUUAUGCGCCGUACAAUUCUUCGAUACGUGUGCCUUUGCUUAACAAUGGUUCUCACCAUGAUCUCUCCGAGGGUUAAGAAACGUUUUCCAACUCUUGAAAAUCUAGUCGAUGCCGGUUUAUUGUUAGACAAUGAAAAAACUAUUUUAGAGCACCUUAAUAAAAAGUUUCCUAAACCGUCUAAACAUUGGUUACCAAUAGUUUGGGCGACGAGUAUUGUCACGAGGGCUCGAAAAGAGGGUAGAAUAAGGGACGACUUUGCGGUUAAGACAAUAAUAGAUGAACUCAACAAGUUCAGAGGGCAAGCUGGGUUGCUUCUUAGUUAUGACACUAUUAGUGUACCGCUUGUGUAUACGCAGGUUGUGACAAUAGCAGUUUACUCAUAUUUUAUAACUUCUGCACUGGGCAGUCAGUGGGUCGACCACAAAUUGCAAUCACACAGUGAAUCUGUCUAUAUCAGUAAUAUAGACCUUUAUUUUCCCAUAUUCACUACACUGGAAUUCUUUUUCUAUAUGGGUUGGCUAAAAGUGGCUGAGUCUCUCAUCAAUCCAUUCGGCGAAGAUGAUGACGAUUUUGAAGUCAAUUGGCUUAUUGAUAGGAAUUUGCAGGUCUCUUAUAUGAUUGUGGAUGAAAUGCACCAUGAGCAUCCAGAGUUAAUCAAGGAUCAAUAUUGGGAUGAGGUGUUCCCAUCUGAGCUGCCUUAUACCAUAGCCACAGAAAACCAGCGCGAGGAACAUCCAGAACCAUCUACCGCGAAGGUUUCCGUGCCACCACGGCAACGCAGUAUGGUUACCGUGAACCCAUCCAGCGUGAAAAUCGAUGAAAUGAUGCCAUCAAACACCGUGAGUUACAAGUUCGCCCCGCCCGAGCAAUUACAAAUGAAUGACGACGCACAAUCGGGAAUACACUUCAUCGUGUCCAGGGGAAGUAAGCGGGGGAAGCGAGAUGAAAGGAAUUCUAUGGGAUCAAGCAACUCCAUGGCUUCACUGCAGCAGACACCUAUGACUAGAGCCAAUUCGGUUACAUCUAUGCUUAAGCGACUUUUCUCAAAAGAGGAUCAACGAACUGCAAUACCAUCGCAGACGGAUGGCGGUUCACGAUUCCAAGUAUCAGCCAGUAAUCCAACCUUGAACAGACCCGUGGCCGCCAUGAGCGGCAGUAUGAAGAUUGCUAAUGAAGUGAUCGAAGAAGUGGAUGAACAGGCCACUAUCACCAGCAUGGGAAAACGGCCCGAAACCAGACCUACAGCUAUGAGUGUAUUCGCGCAGGGCCCACCGACUCCAAGCAACCCAGUGACUGUUCCGUCAAGAAAUUCUAACCACGUACCUUCAAAAGACUCGCGACUAUCAACUUCAGCUCCUAACCAGUGGUCGCGGGUGGAGUCGACAGAAGCGGGACAGAGAACUCCGGCUGCUAAAAGUCUGUCUACGCAAGGUUCCUUCUCAGAUAUGGACCGUCCGAGGUUGGACAGCGACGUCGGGCCUUCGCUGAGCGCAGCGGGCAGUCAGACUUUGUUGGAUGAAGUUGAUGGUGGAGAGGAUGACGACGAUUUCAAUCGCCUUCGCAGUGUGCGCGAACAGCACCGAAGGGACAAGUACUUACAGCGUUUGAUGGCGAGAUCCGUGAGCGCACAACAGCAAACUGGAAGUGGAGAAGUUCUAGAUACAGAUUUACUAUUAGAAGAACUAAUGAAAAUGCAAGCAAAGCUAACACAAGAAGACAGUACAGAAAACACAACUUGA